CCGCAUCACCGCCUUCCUGCCUCACGAGCAAUCCACAUCCUCUUGGCUUGUCGCUGCCUGUUCCUUCCCUCUCUCAAACACCGCGACAUGCGACUGCAUGUUUCUCGUCUGCCUGACAUCCAUCUCCCAUUUCCUCCCAUGACUCUCAAGUACACCAUCUUACAAAACCCCAUCAUGAGCUCCNUCGAAACUUACCUGCGACCUGCGCUGCAAACCGCCCAGGACGCUCUCAUCACCGUCGUCGACAGUCUACAACUUCGCAAGGACGCACCCUUCUCUCCGGACGUUCCCAAAGAACUCCUCGAAUCUAUGCCUGACCUCUCAGGCCGCUUGCUCUUGACCUUUCCCUGGUCCAACCCGAGAUCCGUCGAUCCCACGCAGCACAGUGUCUGGAUCUUUGACAACACUGCAUACCGCGUCCAGCCGGGCCAGAACUCGAAAGUCGACAAGCACGUGGCCGACCCGAAACUCAUUGCCACCCCCAACAAACCUCUACCUCCGCCAUCCUGGGAAGUCGAGUAUGUAGCCGCAUACUUCUCGCGCGAGACCUGUCGCGACGCAUCGCACGUUAUUGCCGACAUUGCUCGUCUGGUCGGUCUUGCCAAAGGGAGUGCAAGCGAAGAGGAGUGUUUGGGCGAACUCAAGGACAAGCUCGACAUCACGCUCAUCAAGAAGCGCCUCGAGCCUUUCUUGAACCCCAUUUUGCCCCGUCACACGAUUCGCGUCAAGAUCGCCGACACCGAGGCUCAAACGCUGGGUCCGUCAACCUCAUCUGGUAUCUCCUCUGAUCUGCUCCGCCUGCAUUUUGACGCACCCGCUGGAACGCAACUCACAACGACGGCCGUCUCGGACCCUUCGCCUUGCUUUGCAAUCCCAGGUCGCACCGUGCUGGCCGAGCCCACAGGCUGGGGAGUCAUCUCGGACAUCGACGACACAAUCAAGAUCACCGGCACCCUGUCUCCGAUCGCCGUCCUCAAGUCAACCUUCAUCGAUGCGCCCACGCCGGUAUCAGGCAUGCCCCAACUGUAUUCUGAUCUAGUGAAGCUGCUCGCCGACCCCAUAUUCUUCUACCUCUCAGGUUCUCCGUACAAUCUGUAUCCUUUCUUGCGCAACUUCCGCAAAGAGCACUUCCCGGACGGAACCAUGAUUCUCCGCGACGCUUCCUGGCAAAACCUAGGAGGUCUGAUCAGCAGCUUGUCAGUCAACGUACAAGAUUACAAAGUGGACAGGCUGGAGAAGAUGCACACGUGGUUCCCUCAACGCCAAUUCAUCUGCGUUGGCGACAGCACGCAGAAGGACCCAGAGUCCUAUGGCGAGAUUGCUAGACGCCAUCCUGGCUGGGUCAAAGCCAUCUACAUCCGCCGUGUCCCAGACGAGAAUGAGAUUCAGGGUGCUCUGGACCCUGAGAGAAACUCUGCCGAGCGCUUUGAGAAGGCCUUCAGGGAACUCGACAGCAAGAUGUGGUUGGUCUUUGACGAGGCUGACGAGGUGAGGAAGAACGUUCAACUGUUGGCCAGGUAG